CCCGAUUGCCGGGACUUUCCCCGUAUUGAUUGUCGCGUAUACAAUUAUUUUUGUAUAUAACCGCGCCUCUUCUCCCUGACCUCCACACAUCUGUCAUCUCCACACCACACGAAUACACUACACAAAGACAACAUGAGGUUCAGCUACAGUUUCAGCGGGAGCACAUCAUCCUCGCCCUCACCAUCAUCACUGCCACCACCUCCUCCCCCACCAACCCCCAACGACGGUCUUCUCGACAUCACGCCUCGCAAAUCCUCCUUCUCCAGCGCCAUGGGAAUGAGCUCAGCCUGUGCUUUCCCCUCCUGGCCCAACAGACCAUCCCUGCUCAGUCCCGACUCUGAAGAAUCAACAGCAAGCUCCUAUCUCUCCGACGAAGACCUCUUCCCCACUGAUCUACCUCUUACACCACCUUCUGAAAGUGCCAUCGACGAAGAAUCCGCUGCCUCAGAUCCAGUCUGUCUGCCUUCGGGAGCAGACGAUCUCACGACCGAAGAGCAAAUCCAAAUGAUGCGCGCCGCAGCAGAGGAGGAUGAGCGACGGGCUCGGUUUCUGGCACAUGUGCAUGCACAUGCGCGCGCCCAACAGGCGUUCAAAAUGGCACAGUUAGCCGCGGCAGAGCGUGAGAAUGCGAAGCGAAGUACGAAGAAGAAGCGUCCUGUUAUGAUCGCGGGAAAGAAACAUCGGUCUUCUUCGUCGUCGACAAAGACUUCUUCUGGUCGCAUUUCAUCUACUCGACUUUCUACGUCGACCAUUGCUUUCUUCAACGCGCCGUAUUCAUUCACCUCGGUGAGAUGA